GGUUUAUUGUGGAACAUGCCCAGACAGCGGAUAUACAUCCUCUUUUGAUAUAUCUGAUUCCAGGGGAGUUAACCGAUAAGAAAACUCCACUUGGCGCGCUACAAUGGGCCUUUAUGUCUAUCACGGAAUGUAUUGCAUGGUUUUCCUUUCCUUAUGCAUUAUUUAUGCAUCUUUUCCGUGAGGAUGUUCUCGUGGCCCCAUUAUUUCGCGGGUUUCUUCUUGCUGACCGUAUAAUCACGGCACUGGGAGGGAAGGUAACUGUGUACCCGCCCUUACCACGCACCAGUGACCACAACUUGUGGGAUACGCUGGACAACAUUAUUGAUCGUACCUUUGUUUCGCUUUGGCGUGCUGUUCGACCAACGCCUCCGACGGUAUUAAACGCCGUGGAGUUUCGAGAGUGGUUGGAUUGGAACGCAACGAGUUGGCGGUACGAGAAGGGUUCAAUGACAUUGCCUUCCCUUGGGGAUCGCUGCGUUGUGGUCCCGGAUUUCCUGGAGGAGGAGUUAAAUUGUUUGGCCGGUGCAGUGGAGCGCAUUACGGAACAAGGAUUUUUUCGACUCGUAAGCACCGAUCGUCAACGGACUGAGCUUAUUGGAGGCUCGGCCAUUACCACGAGAUGGUCUCGUGCGGAAGAUGACAGUCCUCUAUCGUUUCUCCGAGUGAAUACUCCUCUUAAUGGGGGCAGUUUUGUUGGCACGAAACCCUUCCCCCACAUCAUGAGGUUGCCCAUGUUGCUUCAGGGUUUAUUGGUGAUGUCGCACCGUGAUCAGGCCACCGAAUUGGUGUGUCGUUUUGUGGAUGCCGGUCCUUUGGCUGUGACGGCCUGCGCAGAGGUGGGCAUCUUUAGCAUGGCUCUUGUACACUAUUGGACGCGUCGCGACUUGCGCCAUCUCUUACCGACUCUGUUAUUUAUUUACGCCAAGGCUUGCUACACGGAUCCCUCUUUAGGAGACGCUGAUCCAGCGCAGCGUAAUGUAAUUAUUGAUACUUGUAUGGAAAUUCUGGAGCAUCCCGUGACAGUUCCUGCCGAAUCGAGUGGAGAGGCUGGUGCGUGGCAGCGUGAUGUCCUUGGAUCUUGGGCAGAGCCUCGGGGGCAGCAAUUACUUGCGGCAUCGCUGCUCACUAUGAUUUGUCUCCACUCCGGAGGAGGCCGACGUCGCUGUCGAGAACGUGAUGCCUUUCGCGUGUGUUGUAACCUUUUGCAGGAAGCGGCUGCAAAAGCGCCACGGGUACCGUUACGAGAGAAUGGACUCGAGGGAGAGGGGGAAGAAGAGAGCGGAAGGGAGGAAAACUUCUGGGACGAUUAUUCCCCCGGUGGACCCGACAACAAUCCGGUGUUAAUGACAGCGUACGUACUUGGUCUUAUCGCUCUUUUUGUGGUUAUUGCGUGGGAAGGGACACUGUCAGUCGCCAAGACGGAUGAAAAGGAGGAGGACGACCAACACCAUCAACAACAACAAACUGGUGGUAGCGGUGGCGGUGAUGCAUUGGCUGUGCGGGCAUAUAUCUCGACUGCUGUCGAUGCGCUGCAGGCGUUGUUGAUCACAACCUCCUCGGCUAUACGUGGGGCAGCUAUCAAGGCCAUCACUGUGGUUUUGGUCUCCCUCAUUACGGACGAUGAGACCGCGGUCAUGUGCGUUCGGGCCAUCGUUAAAUGCACCUCCGUACAACGGGCACCCCUUGAGGGUAACACAGACAAUCGUCUCGAAUUUGUUGGUGCCUUAUCCCUGGCGAUCAAGUGGUUAAUUGGGCGUCUCUCUGUCUCUUUGUCCUUAGAGGAUAUACGACGGGCGGUGCGCUGUGAGUUGAACAAGGCGUGGCGUAAAGCAUUGGGUACCACAACCACGAGCCGUGGGUGUGAAGAAAAUAUCACGAACUAUCGUGAUCCCGAUUUACCAUUUGUCUCACCCUCGCCCCUUGCUGAGUCACCCGUUGCUUCUUUCACCCUCAACGGUGUGGAUUCCCUUUUACGCAUGUUGGCUGAACUUACAUGCCGACUCGGUGUUGCGUCAAAUGACCCUUGCCCUUUGGUUGCAGCACACGCUCAAAAAAUACUGAGGGAUGAUUUGUCCAUGUUACACGUGCGGUAUUUACCUCUUUUCCAGCCUGCAGGUAAUGUUCCAUGCGGGCGUGGCGGCGCAACCACCACAUCCCGCAAUUCCGGCAUCGCAAAUUUUUUUUCAGGUGUUUUGAAUACGCUGACGUCGCGUGGAGGGAAGCAUGCAAUUAGAGAGGGCCACCAAAGCGGUCAUGUACUACGAAGUGUUGGGGACGAGGAUUUGGUUGAAGAACUGCUGGACACGGGCGUUAUUUUUGGUGAACGUGCGGCAGUGUCAGAUGUUAGUGUCUCAUUACGCACUGUUUCUGUGCACGACAAUAUGACUAUUUCUUCCUUUGUCUUUACUCUACUUUCGUUUCUCGGGGAACUGCUGCUGAUACCCAUGGAUGAUCAUGACCCCAGACACCCCUUCAACCUUGAAAAGGACGCGUACAUUCUCAAAUAUCUGCGACGGUUGCGGGAUGAGUUGCGUGUAACGGUGUCAUCUAGCUACGGUUCCUGUGGGUACGAGGGCCACGCUGUCGUAUCUCCCUUGCUUCCGUCUGCCUCGUCUUGGAACCAUCCAUUGAGUCUUCUCAUGAUGCCUCAGGAGGAUGGGACACGAGGGCACGCACCCUCACUUUCCUCACCACUUAUGCCGUCGUCAUCGACUGUCGGAGCUGAUGCCUCUGUAUCGUGGACAACAGAUCGUCAAAAAUCCUUUCGGCUUUUGGCCGAGAAGAACAUUUCCGCGGAACGCAAUGGUCAUAUUCAGGUUUUUACCUUUCAUCCCACAGAGCGGCACUUUAUAACGGGUACAAAUCAAGGUGUUAUUCAGGUUUGGUCCUUUGCCGAGUUGGAGGGUUUUCUUUUGGCGUCCUCGACUUCAUCCCCUGGUUCCUCGCAGGAAUCUGGUGAGCUUUGUCGACUGUUGUCACAGAUUCAGCUUUCAGAGGUGGUGGCCCGGCCGGGUUGCGCCAUGCCACCCUCGACCGUUCUGAAGUAUAUGUACGGUACACAACUGACAAUACCGCAAUGUGUAAGUCUUUCUGGAGUUGCUAAUGAACGAUUGACUGGCGGUGCCCCCGAUGUGCCAUUGUCGCGGCGGGCGGGGUUGUGGGGGACAAACGACUAUGGAGGACGUGUGGCCAGAGGGGUUGAUCCACUCACAGGGUUGCAUUUGGUGGACUCAGCUUACCGCACACUACUCUGCGCCGUGGGUCGAUCGGGGUCUGUCCAGAUGUUUUCAGCGUACACCGAUGCGGCGACGGUGAGACGCGUUACAUCCUUUGCGACCAUGACAUAUGAAGAGUCCCUUCGGAGCCAUCAAUGUCUUUCUUCUUACCACACACCAGCGAUGUUGUUGCAUGUGAGUGGUGCAGACGGAUCCAUUGCAUCGUGGGACCUGAACUGCGAACAGAAAGUUUCGGCGGGAGCUGGCCGCAGAGAAAUUCUGCAUUCACCAUCAGCUUUAGCUUCACAUCCCUAUGACGUUUUUACUUUUGCUGUGGGCGCGGGUUCUAUUUAUCUUUACGACCUGCGAAAUUCUAGUCGUUCGACCCACGUUUUACCGGAUCCCACAUCCUUGGGGCAAUCACUCCAGCGACAAUUACGAAGUUUGGGUGACUACAAACCGCUAUGUUUGCAUAUUGGAUUUUCAUGCCGCUAUCCGCACGGUCUUGUGACGGGGUACGGUGGAGAGCAGGGUGUUGUGAUGAUGUGGGAUGAUCGAAAAUUGCAGCAGCCCUUCUUUCAGAGAGUGGUGUCAGAAACAGGAGGUGCCGGCUCCUCUUCUUUCAAUUCAGUGGGCUACAUGGACGUGCAGCAUUAUCACUACGCCCUUAUGACCCUGUCUGUAACGGCAGAUGCUCUUUUUGUAGGGGAUGCUCUGGCCUCCCCAUCAUCAAAAGCAACAUCGUCAUCAGGCGGAGGAGGAAACUCCUGUCGGGCGCACAUACGUCUCAAGCAGCAGCCUGGCGCGGCUUCCUUUCAUCCCAUUCUUCCUUUGUGCGGUGUGGCGGGUGGGACUUAUUUGCAACUUUAUGGGCGAAAAAAGUUGUCUAUGCCCGAGCGACACGCUUAA